CAUCUAACCCAUCCAAACCGAAGAUCAACCGCAACGUGGAAGUGCGAAUUUGAUUCACUGCCCGCUUUAUAAUUUCGCCAUUUGUCCUCAUAUUUUUAUAUAUAUCAAACAAUCUUUUCUGGUUUGAAGUCAUUUAGGUGGUUAUAGUGUAACCAGCUGUUGAUUCGCAGUCAACCACGGCGUUGUUAACACGAGUAACAAAGACUUCACGGACGACCAGCUGCUCUCCAGGACCGACCCCGCUGUUGGAGGUUUAUUUUCACAGCAAAUGUGGGUUUAAAGGAGUGGACGAAACUUGUAUCGCCGGGGAACACGUGUCAAGAUGGACCUGAGAGUGUUCCUCCUGAUAUCACUUCUGCUCGGACUCGGCAGCGCUCAACAAGAUGGUAAUGAAUGCACGAAGGCUUCGGCUCAGUCCUGCGGAGAAUGCAUUCAGGCCGGAGAGAAGUGUGGAUGGUGUACAGACGUGAACUUUCUAAAACAGGGAGAGCAGAAGUCCACACGCUGCGAUGAGGUGGAGUCUCUGCUCAAAAAGGGCUGUAAUAAAGCUAGCAUUGAAAAUCCACGUGGAAAUGUUGAGACCCUCAAGAACCAAAGUGUAACAAAUCGCAAAAAAGAAGGAGGAUCUCUGAAGCCAGAUCAGAUCACCCAGAUUCAACCUCAAAAACUCCGCCUCAUGCUCCGCUCAGGUGAAGCUCAGAAGUUUGCACUAAAAUUCAAGAGAGCCGAGGAUUAUCCUAUUGAUCUCUACUACCUGAUGGACCUCAGUUUCUCUAUGAAAGAUGAUUUAGAAAAUGUGAAAAACUUGGGAACACAUCUUAUGACUGAAAUGCAAAAGAUCACCUCUGACUUCAGGAUUGGUUUUGGCUCCUUUGUGGAGAAAACCGUUAUGCCAUACAUCAGCACAACACCAGCCAAGCUGCUAAACCCCUGCUCAGCUGAUCAAAACUGUACCAGCCCGUUCAGCUAUAAAAACGUGCUGAGCCUAACCGCAGAUGGAUCCAAGUUUAAUGACCUUGUUAGCAGACAGCACAUCUCAGGAAACCUGGACUCACCCGAGGGAGGGUUUGACGCCAUCAUGCAAGUGGCGGUCUGCGCAAAUCAGAUCGGCUGGCGGAACGUCACACGUCUGCUUGUGUUUUCCACCGAUGCUGGAUUCCACUUUGCUGGAGAUGGGAAACUGGGUGGAAUUGUACUUCCCAAUGAUGGAAAAUGCCAUCUGCAGGAUAACAUGUACACUAUGAGCCAUUAUUACGACUAUCCAUCCAUUGCUCAUCUGGUUCAGAAAUUAAGUGAAAACAACAUUCAGACCAUUUUUGCAAUUACAAAGGAGUUCCUGCCUGUUUACCAGCAACUGAAAGAACUCAUUCCAAAGUCUGCGGUGGGAACGCUGUCUUCAGACUCCAGCAAUGUGAUAAAACUCAUCAUCGAUGCCUAUAAUUCUCUUUCCUCUGAGGUAAUUCUGGAGAACAGCAGGCUACCUGAAGGCGUGUCCAUCUCAUAUGUUUCUCACUGCAAGAAUGGGGUGAGCGAAAACGGAGAAAAUGGGAGAAAGUGCUCCAACAUCUCUAUUGGGGAUGAGGUGACAUUUGAUGUAUCGAUCACAGCUAAGGGUUGUCCAUCCAAUGGUAAAUCUGAGACAAUAAAGAUCAAACCGCUAGGCUUCACAGAGGAGGUGGAGAUCAUCCUCAACUUCAUCUGUGAAUGCGAGUGUCACGUCGAAGGCAUUCCAAACAGCCAAGAGUGUCAUUUUGGCAAUGGAACUUUGGAGUGUGGAGCAUGCAGGUGCAAUGAGGGACGCAUUGGCAGGGUUUGUGAAUGUAGCAAAGACGAAGUGAGAACUGAAGAUUUAGACGCAAACUGCCGCAUUGAUAACGGGACGGACAUCUGCAGCAAUAAUGGAGACUGUGUUUGUGGGACGUGCGAGUGCAAAAAAAGAGAUAAUCCAGAAGAGAGAUACAGCGGCAAGUUCUGUGAGUGUGACAACUUCAACUGCGACCGCUCCAACAACAAGCUCUGUGGAGGUCACGGUAGGUGCGAGUGUCGGAAAUGUAUAUGUGAUGCUAACUACACAGGCAGCGCUUGUGACUGCUCUCUGGACACCUCAACCUGUAUAGCCAGUAACCAACAAAUGUGUAACGGUCGAGGCACCUGUGAGUGUGGUGUGUGUAAAUGUACCGACUCCGUUCAGGGUCAGAAAUGUGAAAUCUGCCCGACCUGCCCUGGAGUUUGUAGCGAACACAAGGACUGUGUCGAGUGCAGAGCAUUUAGCACCGGUGACAAGAAAGAUGCAUGUGAGAAAGAUUGUAGAGACUUCAGUCUUAAUAUGGUGAAGAAGAAGGAAGAUCUUCCACAGCCUAAUGAUAAGCCCUUCAUCAAUCACUGUAAAGAGCGAGAUGCUAAUGACUGCUGGUUCUUCUUCACGUACGCUACCAGAAACGACAGCACUGUUGAGGUCCAUGUGGCAGAGGAGCUUGAGUGCCCGUCUGGUCCUGACAUCAUCCCCAUUGUAGCUGGUGUGGUCGCAGGAAUCGUUCUGAUUGGUUUAGCUCUGCUGCUCAUCUGGAAGCUGCUCAUGAUUAUUCACGACCGCAGAGAAUUCGCCAAAUUCGAGAAAGAGAAGAUGAAUGCCAAGUGGGACACGGGUGAGAACCCCAUUUACAAGAGCGCUGUGACUACGGUGGUGAACCCCAAAUAUGAGGGCAAGUAAUGGACAUGCGUGUCUAUCUCCAAGCAACACUGUAUGCAAAACAAUUGAAAGGAGGAGAGUUCACAAGUUUUCUUUUUUAAAUCACCUUUGUCUGUGCAUUUGGCACUGAUCUGUGUAAUCUAUUAAUCUGUUUUCUAUGCAUUGUUAUGAAACUGUACAUUAUGUAUAAACUUAAGUUUUUACUUUUUUUAUGCAAUCUUAUACAAUGGUUCCGAUGUUCAAUUUUUGGUUUAGUCACAAGUCUGUUGUGCCUUAUUUUUCUGAAUGUCAACGCCAAUCGUGUUGGGUUAGAUGAGGUUUUGUAGGUGAGAUGUUGAGUGGAAAUAACAAAAGAUAUCAACAGUAAAAGGACACAAUGCAUUGCUUCCUGUAAUCUUAAUGGUCAUACCUUCAGUUCACUGUAAAUGUAUGACACUCAUUACCUAAUCAUUUCAAACAGGUUUGUGUCUAUUUGAUGGUACAGAAUUACAGAAAUCAUAUGAAAUUGUGGAUGGAGCAUGUCCUCACUUGUAUAGUAGGUAGAUGUCGCUGACCACUGCUGUUUGUGUACAUGGUGCUUUAAUGCAGACACACAUUUGACUUUCUUGUGUGUUUCUAUGCAUAAUUCUGAGUGAUUUGAGUGCAAUUUAUAAUGUGUGGAUCUGUAUGGAAAUGUACUUACUGUCUUUGGGCUUUCUAUCGUAAGUGCACAGUACUGAUUUGAGAAAUCAGAAAUUUGGACAGUGUAAGAAUUGUAUUAAGUUUUUCAUUAAUUACAUCACCAUAAACGUAUCUGUCUUUAUAUAUCUUGUUCACAACCGGUCAGAGCAUCUGUUUUAUCAAUCGCAUCUUCGAUUUUGACUUGAAAGCAUAUCUAUUAUGUGACCACUAAAAAGAUUUUAAGGGACAUCUUAAUCAUUGUCUGUGAAAGGAACAAUCAGCUUUUUAUUAUGAAAAUCAUGACUUUAAAGUCACAUGAACGGAACUUCAGGUUUUAAAACACGAGAGAUUGAACUCAGGUCUCCAAUUCCUAAUGACUAUCACUGAUGCCAAAUAUUUACUGUCUGCUGUGCAAGAACUAUAUUUUAAUGAACUGUUUUCAACUCUUCGACUCUAGGAUUUCAUAUUUGUUUGAAUUUCUUUUUAAUAACAUCAUUUCCCAAACAAAUGUUUAGAUUGUUGUUGGAAAAUGUCAGUGUUAUGAGACAGAUUUUUUUUGUUAUUUUGUCUCUUUUUUUAUUGUUUAAUCUUUUAAAGUAGCAUUACACAGACUCUGUAUUUUAAAGUGCCUUUUUUCUCAUUUUAGCAUCAUGCCAACUGUCACAAUCUUUUGUUUCUAGGAGUUAUUUAUUAAAAGAAGAGUGAAAACACUGGA